AUGCCUCCUAAAUCCCCUAUACCUAUUCCUUCAGGAGAAUCGCUAGUAUAUGUAGCUCCUGAAAUUAUCAAUUACACGGGAAGACUCUCAAUUGACGAUUAUUUAAAAUCUGAUAUUUACAGUCUUGGGAUAAUCCUAUACUAACUCAAUUUCUUAUCCAUUCCAACAUAGUAAUAGAUAGAUAAUAUUUUAACAACAAAAUUAUAUAUCGACUCUGAUAUAAGUUACGGAAUGAUGGACCUUCUGCAAAGAAUGCUUUGUAAAGAUCCUUUAAAGAGAAUAACAGCCAAACAGGCUUUAGUUCAUCAAGUAUUUUUAAAAAACAAAUAAACUCAAGGAGGAAAUGCUCGCUACAAUUUUAAUAAGCGACCCUCUAAAAUCCUAUAAACUAUAGUUGAAAGAACUUUUGAUCACUCAGAACUCACCAACUCAAACUUACGUUCUGAAGACGAAUAAAAAUAACACAACUCUUAUUUCUAUAAUAUGCAGUAGCUUUCAAGUGAAUAAAAUAUUUUGCAAUCUCUAAACUCAAAUCAUAAUAUAUCAUUAGCAAAAGACAAUUCUAUUUAACCGAAUUAUUCAAUCAUUAACUAGCCAAGUGGUUAGUACAAUUCCUUCUGUAGCAGUCCAUCUGAUUAGAAGAAAAAUAUAUUUAACAACAGCAACAGCAUUGGUGCUAAUUUUAGUAACAGCUUAGGCAAUGCGAGCUCCUCAGACAGCUAAAAUUUUAUACAAUAUCCUUCCCAUAUGACACCAUAAACAAAUCCAAAUGCAGAAAAUUUACAAUUUAUGGGCAAAGAUGCAAUAAUAAAUAAAAUAAAUGGGUAAGAAGAAGAGGAGGAAGAAUCAAUAACUAAAGAAUCUAGCUUUGAAGAUAAUAAUCAAAACUAAAACGAAAUCCAAUCAACCAAACAAUAAGACGGAAAUAAAAAUUCACAAAAGAAUAGUUAAAUCCGAUCAAAUAAAAUGAAAGAAUCAAAAGAAUCCAGGCUAGAUAUAUCUGAUGAAAUGCCAGAAUAAGAUGAUGAUUACACAUAUUGUGCAGCUAGCCAUUUAAUGAAAGAAAAUAUAAGAAGAACAUACCCACAAUAUGCAUUUAUCUCAUAAUUACCCUUCCAGCUAGAUAAAAUUUCUUAAAUUAAAUGA